AUGGCGACCCUCGCAACCUACCUCGCAGCCCUGUUGCUAGCCCCCUCCCUCCCCACCGCCCUAGCCAAGCACAUCAUGAUCCCCAACACGUCCUUCAACUCCCAAUCCGACUUCGACACCGACUGGAACUACCUCUACCCCUGGGGCAGCGACCACAACGGCGCGGCGCGCAUGGCCAAGUCCCAAGCAACCCUCUCCAACGGCGUGCUCACCCUCACGGCGCGGCGCGUCAACGGCGAGAAACCGGCCUCGCACGGCGGGCAGCAGAUCGCCAUCCGCUACCUUUCCGGGGCGGUGCACGCCAAGGAGCACUUCAACGUUGCGCCGGGCGGCGGGUACGACUUUGCGGGCGAGUUCCGCGCCACCACGGCCCGCGGCACCUGGCCGGCGUUUUGGCUGACUGCCGUCGAGGGCUGGCCGCCCGAGGUGGAUAUGGCCGAGUGGAAGGGCAGCGGCAAGAUCUCGUUUAAUACGUUCAAUACCUCGUCGCAGGUCAGGGCGCGCGAUGUGGCGUAUCCGAGUCCGGGGGAGUUUCAUAAGAUUCUGUGUGAGGUGAGGGACGAAAAUGGGAAGGAUGUGAGCGUGCGGUUCUCGAUGGAUGGGCAGGUGAUUGAGACGCAGUAUGGACGGGGGUUCGUGGGGAAGGCCAUGUAUCUAUGGAAGGCUCCUCGGGGUCACCGGGGCCAGAAUCGGACACACUGUUUCAAGCACGAAACCUUGAAAUAUGGAGUUACAACCCAUGAGGGUGGGUGCCCUUGA